AUGGUCUCUCACCGUUCCGGUGAGACCGAGGACCACACCAUUGCUGAUAUCGUUGUUGGUCUUCGCUGUGGUCAGAUCAAGAUAGGUGCUCCUUGCCGUUCUGAGCGCUUGGCCAAGUACAACCAGUUGCUCCGCAUUGAGGAGGAGCUCAACGGGGGCUCCAUCUAUGCCGGUGAGAACUUCCGUAAGGCACGUCUCUUGUAA